UUCAAAGAUCUUCUGUCUCCAUGCUAAAAGUCGCGAUGCAACGGGUUGUAUGGAAUCAAGUCCAUCACAAGAACAAAAGAGCAGAUAGCAGCAAGCUCUAAUCUCCGAAAACAGAAAAACGGGCAAAAGAGUCUCCUUUUUCCUUUGCAUUUCUCGCGGGUGAGGUCUGACAGAGAUGGAUGCUCUGAGAAAACAGGCCAGCAAGCUCAAAGAGCAAGUCGCCAAACAGCAGCAGGCUGUGAUAAAGCAAUUCGGUGGGACUGGUUAUGAAAGUUCUGAGGUAAUGGUCAUAGAUGAGGUUGAGUUGCAGAGACAUCAUCAACUAGAAAAGCUGUACAGAUCUACUCGUGCUGGCAAGGAUUUUCAGAAGGACAUUGUUCGAGCAGCUGAAGGAUUUACGGCCAUAGGACUUAAGCAAAUUGAAUUAGGAACAAAAUUAUCUGAAGAUUGCAUCAAAUAUGGAAGCGAGAAUAUCAGCGCUGAGACUUUAGCCAAGGCUGCAUCUCUAUAUGGCGAUGCUCGUGUUCACGUGGAGAAAGAGCAGGAAGACUUUAACAGAACGUUAUCUUCUCAGGUUUUAGAACCCCUAAAAGCAAUGAUCAACGGUGCUCCUUUGGAAGAUGCUCGCCAUCUUGCUCAACGUUAUAGUCGAAUGAGACAUGAGGCUGAAGUGCAGGCAUCAGAGGUUUCCAAAAGGCAGGCACGAGCAAGAGAACUUGCCACUUCUGAGAACACUGCAAAGCUGCAGGCUUCCGAAUUGAAAAUGCAGGAAGUUAAGGCAAAUAUGGCAGUUCUAGGAAAAGAAGCAGCUGCUGCGCUGUCUGCCGUUGAAGCACAGCAGCAAAGGCUGACUUUCCAGCGCCUUGUAUGCAUGGUUGAGGCAGAAAAGGUGUAUCAUCAAAGAGUAGCUGAAAUCCUUGAUGGGAUUCAAGCUGAGAUGAUCUUGGAUAAACAACGAAAAGAUUCUGCGCCUCCUGAACCUCCAGCUGCUACCUGCUCAGAGAAUGCUAUGUAUUUCCUAGCCGAAGUGAUGCAUGCCUUUGAUGCCGCAUCUGAGAAGGAACUGAGCUUGGCUGUGGGUGACUAUGUGGUUGUUCGGCAGAUUACUCCAGCAGGAUGGUCAGAAGGGGAAUGCAAAGGUAAAGCGGGAUGGUUUCCAUCCGCAUUUGUGGAGAAACGCCAACAGAUUCCGAACAGUAAUGUGGCCACCAGCGUGUUCUAGUUGUGCAACGAAAUUUGACAUUGGUAAGAGAAUAUGCUGUUUGACAUUAGAUGAAUAUUAGAGUUUGGUUUCGUGUGAGAUAUUCUUGCUAAAUACAUGAAAUAAGGGGAGGAGCCAUUUUGUGGGUCCCAUCCAUUGUAAAAAAGAAAAAAGAAAAAAGUAAAAAACUGGUCAUGAAUGUUUGAUAGAGUUUAUUUUGAACCACUAAAGUCUUAGUUGAGAUCAAAUUACUAUUUGUCUAUUCACAAGACGCGAGUAAGAUGCAAUGAUGUAAUUUUUUCUACCGUAGGCGGGAACAGACCUCGAUCUGUGUUUGAAGAUUGGUCAUAAAUUUCGAUAGAUUUCAUUUUGGACCA